CACCAGGUGACCUUACGGGUGGCGAAACGAGCUCUGCAGUUAGGCCUUGUGGUCCUAGUUUGGGGAUUCCCCGGUACAUUCUGACGUCCAGUCCAAGUACCAGUUGUGUAUAAAAGCGAUGCGGACAAUAUUAGAGUGUGUCCUUCCUACACCCAUCGUCCCAUAGUUUCGGAUUCCUGCUCAACACAUGAAAGUCCUUGCUUUAACUUCUAUCUUGUCCACAUUCGCCGUCGAGGUUCUUGCCGUGGCCCUCCCUUCUACCCCUUUCGUCUGCAGGAAUGAGGAAAUUCUAGCCAUGUAUCCGAUUGGUAAGAACGAAGAAGUGCAGGCUCAGGUUCUCUCUUGCAGCGAUCUACCCAACGUCAUGGAUCGUAGCGCUGGUCAAAAGAGGCAGACGAACGUAUGUGGAGAUGCCUGUACCACCAACUGUUUCUCUCCUGCUGGCGGAGGACCCAACCCCAAUGACUGCCAAGUGAUCGCAAAUGCGCUGCUGUAUGAUAGUCAGAAUAUUGGCGCUCUUUUCAACAUCGCCGUGGGAAGUCCAAUCUACAUGCAGUAUGCCAGUUGCGAGACGUUCUUCGUCAAUCAAGCUAGUUACAAUGAAACGUACUGCAGGACCGACUGGUCGAGUAUCGUCAGCUAUGUCGCAACCAAUUGUCAGUCACAGCAGAAUGCUCACGGUGGUAACUGCGUCGCAAGCGAUCAGACCUGGUUCAUCCAAGUCCAAACCUCUUAAGGCAGAUAGCGGACAAAGGUGGUCGUGGUACAGUGUAAUACGGAUUACUAAAUCAAUUGGCGGUACUGUGUAUUAGCAGUUGCGUCGUCUAUGGCUAUGGAAUGCUU